UUGAACAAGUUCUUCCAGCCCGCCCAGCCCCUGCUCCCUGCUACCCAGGUAGAGGUGGCCCAUCCUGGGGUAGUAUUUGACCUGGCCUACCUGGUCCUCCAUGGAGCCACGGCUCUUCCCAUCAGACUGAAGAUCCUAUUAGACAGACUGCUGAGUGUACUGACCCAGGAUCAGGUACGGUAUAAUAAUAUACUAUUACAUAAUAAUAAUACCUCUUAAUAAUAAUAACAAUAAUAUAGAAUAAUAUGAUAAUAAAAUAUUAAUAAUAAAUAAUAAUAUCAAUAAUACACUUUCAUGAAUAAGCCAUUGUACUUUCAUUUUACAUUUAAAUUACAUUUAGGUAAUUUAACAGAUGCUCAUUUCAAGAGUGACUUAGUCAGUAUAUCAUUAACAAUCCAUUAUACAUCCUUAUGCAUGUUUAGAAAUGGAUAUCAUAUAUGCUAAUAAAUGAUUAUAAAAUUAUUAUAAAUGCUUCAUAAAUCGUUAUACAUGUAUUUACAGUGCCUUCACACCCCUUGACUUAUUCCAUAUUUUGUUUUACAGCCUGAAUUCUAAUGUUUUCACUUCACUAUAAUGAUGAAGUGAAAACAUGUUUUUAGAAAUGUUUGCACAUUUAUUGAAAAUGAAAUACAGAAAUAUGUAAUUUACAUACAGUCAAAACACCUACUCACCUACUCAUUCAAGGGUUUUUCUUUAUUUUAAAUAUUUUUUACAUUGUAGAAUAAUAGUGAAGACAUCAAAACUAUUAAAUAACACAUAUGGAAUCAUGUAGUAACCAAAAAAGUGUUAAACAAAUCAAAAUAUAUUUUACAUUUGUGAUUCUUCAAAUAGCCAACCUUUGCCUUGAUGACAGCUUUGCACACUCUUGGCAUUCUCUCAACCAGCUUCAUGAGGUAUUCACCUGGAAUGCAUUUCAAUUAACAGGUGUGCCUUCUUAAAAGUUAAUUUAUGGAAUGCGUUUGAUCCAAUCAGUUGUGUUGUGACAAGGUAGGGGGGUAUACAGAAGAUAGCCCUAUUUGGUAAAAGACCAAGUCCAUAUUAUGGCAAGAACAGCUCAAAUAAGCAAAGAGAAACGACAGUCCAUCAUUACUUUAAGACAUGAAGGUCAGUCAAUACGGAAAAUGUCAAGAACUUUGAAAGUUUCUUCAAGUGCAGUCGCAAAAACCAUCAAGCGCUUUGAUGAAACUGGAUUUCAUGAGGACCGCAACAGGAAUGGAAGACCCAGUGUUACCUCUGCUGCAGAGGAUAAGUUCAUUAGAGUUACCAGCCUCAGAAAUUGCAGCCCAAAUAAAUGCUUCACAGAUUUCAAGUAACAGACAUAUCUCAACAUCAACUGUUCAGAGGGGACUGUGUGAAUCAGGCCUUCAUGGUCGAAUUGCUGCAAAGAAACCACUACUAAAGGACACCAAUAACAAGAAGAGACUUGCUUGGACCAAGAAACACGAACAAUGGACCUCAGACCAGUGGAAAUUUGGUCUGGAGUCCAAAUUGGAGAUUUUGGGUUCCAACCGCCGUGUCUUUGUGAGACGCGGUGUGGGUGAACGGAUGAUCUCCGCAUGUGUAUUUCCCACCGUAAAGCAUGGAGGAGGCGGUGUUAUGGUGUGGGGUGCUUUGCUGGUGACACUGUCUGUGAUUUAUUUAGAAUUGAAGGCACACUUAACCAGCAUGGCUACCAUAGCAUUCUACAGCAAUACGCCAUCCCAUCUGGUUUGGGCUUAGUGGGACUAUCAUUUGUUUUUCAACAGGACAAUGACCCAACACACCUCCAGGCUGUGUAAGGGCUAUUUUACCAAGAAGGAGAGUGAUGGAGUGCUGCAUCAGAUGACCUGGCCUCCACAAUCACCCGACCUCAACCCAAUUGAGAUGGUUUGGGAUGAGUCGGACCGCAGAGUGAAGGAAAAGCAGCCAACAAGUGCUCAGCAUAUGUGGGAACUCCUUCAAGACUGUUGGAAAAGCAUUCCAGGUGAAGCUGGUUGAGAGAAUGCCAAGAGUGUGCAAAGCUGUCAUCAAGGCAAAGGGUGGCUAUUUGAAGAAUCUCAAAUAUAAAAUAUAUUUUGAUUUGUUUAACACUUUUUUGGUUACUACAUGAUUCCAUAUGUGUUAUUUCAUAGUUUUGAUGUCUUCACUAUUAUUCUACAAUGUAAAAUAUUGUAAAAAAUAAAGAAAAAUCUUUGAAUGAGUAGGUGUGUCCAAACUUUUGACUGGUAGUGUAAGUAUUCACACCCCUGAGUCAAUACUUUGUAGAUGCACCUUUGGCGGCGAUUGCAUCUGUGCGUCUUUCUGGGUAAGUCUCUAAGAGCUUUCCACACCUGGAUUGUACAAUAUUAGCCUAUUAUUAAAAUUAUUCAAGCUCUGUCAAGUUGAUCAUUGCUAGACAGCCAUUUUCAAGUCUUGCCAUAGAUUUCCAAGCCGAUUUAAGUCAAAACUUUAACUAGGCCACUCAGGAACAUUCAUUGUCUUCUUGGUAAGCAACUCCAGUGUAUAUUUGGCCUUGUGUUUUAGGUUAUUGUCCUGCUGAAAGGUGAAUUCAUCUCCCAGUGUCUGUUGGAAAGCAGACUGAACCAGGUUUUCCUCUAGGAUUUUUUCUGUGCUUAUAGCUGUAUUCCCUUUAUUUUUUAUCCUGAAAAACUCAUCAGUCCUUAACAAUUACAAGCAUACCCAUAACAUGAUGCAGCCACCACCACGCUUGAAAAUAUGAAGAGUGGUACUUAGUGAUGUGUUGUGUUUGAUUUGCCUCAAACAUAACGCUUUGUAUUCAGGACAAAAAGUUCAUUGCAGUAUUACUUUAGUGCCUUGUUGCAAACAGGAUGCAUGUUUUGGAAUAUGUUUAUUCUGUACAGGCUUCCUUCUUUUCACUCUGUCAUUUAGGUUAGUAUUGUGGAGUAACUACAAUGUUGUUGAGCCAUCCUCAGUUUUCUCCUAUCACAGCCAUUAAACUCUGUAAAUGUUUAACGUCACGAUUGGCCUCAUGGUGAAAUCCCUGAGCUGUUUCCUUCCUCUCCGGCAACUGAGUUAGGAAGGACGCCUGCAUCUUUGUAGUGACUGGGUGUAUUGAUACACCAUCCAAAGUGUAAUUAAUAACUUCACCAUGCCCAAAGGGACAUUCAGCGUUUGCUUAAAAAAAAAAAAAUCUGUUCCCUUCUUUGCAAGGCAUUGGAAAACCUCCAUGGUCUUUGUUGUUGAAUCUAUGUUUGAAAUUCACUGCUCGACUUAGGGACCUUAGAGAUAAUUGUAUGUGCGGGGUACAGAGAUGAGGUAGUCAUUCAAAAAUCAUGUUAAACACUAUUAUUGAACACAGAGUGACUUCAUGCAACUUAUGUGACUUGUUUAGUAAAUUUUUUAUCCUGAAUUUAUUUAGGCUUUCCAUAACAAAAGGGUUGAAUACUUAUUGACUGAAGAUAUUUCAGCUUUUCAUUUUUAAUUCGUUUCUAAAAUGUUCGACAACCAAACAUCCAUUUGGACGUUAUCGGGGUAUUGUGUGUAGAUCAUUGACACAAAAUCUCAAUUUAAACCAUUUAAAAUUCAGGCUAUAACACAAUAACAUGCAGAAUAAGUAAAGGUUAUAACUGCUCAUUACUGUUAAUGUCUUGUCUUGCAGGUCCUAUACAUACUACACAGUCUGGGGUGGACCCUACAAGACUACUGCAGAGGGUACAUACUACAGGUAGGGUACAUACUACAGGUAGGGUACAUACUACAGGUAGGGUACAUACUACAGGUAGGGUACAUACUACAGGUAGGAGGGAUAGAGGUAGGGUACAUACUACAGGUAGGGUACAUACUACAGGUAGGGUACAUACUACAGGUAGGAGGGAUAGAGGUAGGGUACAUACUACAGGUAAGGUACAUACUACAGGUAGGGUACAUACUACAGGUAGGGUACAUACUACAGGUAGGGUACAUACUACAGGUAGGGUACAUACUACAGGUAGGGUACAUACUACAGGUAGGGUACAUACUACAGGUAGGGUACAUACUACAGGUAGGGUCAUACUACAGGUAAGGUACAUACUACAGGUAGGGUACAUACACAGGUAGGGUACAUACUAAAGUAGGGUACAUACUACAGGUAGGGUACAUACUACAGGUAGGGUACAUACUACAGGUAGGGUACAUACUACAGGUAGGGUACAUACUACAGGUAGGGUACAUACUACAGUGUAGGUACAUACUACAGGUAGGGUACAUACUACAGGUAGGGUACAUACUACAGGUAAGGUACAUACUACAGGUAGGGUACAUACUACAGGUAGGGUACAUACUACAGGUAGGGUACAUACUACAGGUAAGGUACAUACUACAGGUAGGGUACAUACUACAGGUAGGGUACAUACUACAGGUAGGGUACAUACUACAGGUAGGGUACAUACUACAGGUAGGGUACAUACUACAGGUAGGAGGGAUAGAGGUAGGGUACAUACUACAGGUAGGGUACAUACUACAGGUAGGGUACAUACUACAGGUAGGGUACAUACUACAGGUAGGAGGGAUAGAGGUAGGGUGUGUCUGUGUGCCAGUAGGACAGUGAGUCAGUCAGUGAUAGGCUGUCAUCAGCCCAGUAGUGAGUAGGACAGUGAGUCAGUGAUAGGCUGUCAUCAGCCCAGUAGUGAGUAGGACAGUGAGUCAGUGAUAGGCUGCCAUCAGCCCAGUAGUGAGUAGGACAGUGAGUCAGUCAGUGAUAGGCUGUCAUCAGCCCAGUAGUGAGUAGGACAGUGAGUCAGUCAGUGAUAGGCUGUCAUCAGCCCAGUAGUGAGUCAGUCAGUGAUAGGCUGUCAUCAGCCCAGUAGUGAGUAGGACAGUGAGUCAGUGAUAGGCUGUCAUCAGCCCAGUAGUGAGUAGGACAGUGAGUCAGUGAUAGGCUGCCAUCAGCCCAGUAGUGAGUCAGUCAGUGAUAGGCUGCCAUCAGCCCAGUAGUGAGUAGGACAGUGAGUCAGUCAGUGAUAGGCUGUCAUCAGCCCAGUAGUGAGUAGGACAGUGAGUCAGUCAGUGAUAGGCUGUCAUCAGCCCAGUAGUGAGUCAGUCAGUGAUAGGCUGCCAUCAGCCCAGUAGUGAGUAGGACAGUGAGUCAGUGAUAGGCUGCCAUCAGCCCAGUAGUGAGUCAGUCAGUGAUACGCUGCCAUCAGCCCAGUAGUGAGUAGGACAGUGAGUCAGUGAUAGGCUGCCAUCAGCCCAGUAGUGAGUAGGACAGUCAGUCAGUGAUAGGCUGCCAUCAGCCCAGUAGUGAGUAGGACAGUGAGUCAGUCAGUGAUAGGCUGUCAUCAGCCCAGUAGUGAGUAGGACAGUGAGUCAGUCAGUGAUAGGCUGUCAUCAGCCCAGUAGUGAGUCAGUCAGUGAUAGGCUGUCAUCAGCCCAGUAGUGAGUCAGUCAGUGAUAGGCUGUCAUCAGCCCAGUAGUGAGUAGGACAGUGAGUCAGUGAUAGGCUGCCAUCAGCCCAGUAGUGAGUAGGACAGUGAGUCAGUCAGUGAUAGGCUGUCAUCAGCCCAGUAGUGAGUAGGACAGUGAGUCAGUGAUAGGCUGUCAUCAGCCCAGUAGUGAGUAGGACAGUGAGUCAACACACAGACCAGCUAGAACAGGAGUAGAGUGACACACACACACACACACACACACACACACACACACACACACACACACAGAGUAAAUGAGGGUAAGUUUGUCAUGGUUAUACAGUCAUCAUCCUCCUGUGUUUCUGUUCCUGAUUCUGUCAUGUUGUGAGAUUUAUAGAUGGUUCUCUGUGUCUGUGUUUGUGAUUCUGUCAUGUUGUGAGAUUUAUAGAUGGUUCUCUGUGUCUCUGUUCCUGAUUAAAAUAAAAUACAAAAUAAAUAAAGAAAUAUCGCCACAUGCUUCGUAAACAACAGGUGUAGACUCAAAGUGAAAUGCUUCCUUAAGGACCCUUCCCAACAACGCAGAGAGAGAGAAAAUAGAGAAAUAAUAGAAAAGUAAAUAGUACAGAGUAUUAAUAAAUACACAAUGAGUAACGAUAACUUGGCCAAAUAGUACCGAGUCGAUUUGCAGGGGUACGAGGUAAUUGAGGUAGAUACAGUUGAAGUCGGAAGUUUACAUACACUUUGAUUGGAGUCAUUAAAACUCGUUUUUCAACCACUCCACAAAUUUCUUGUUAACAAACUAUAGUUUUGGCAAGUCGGUUAGGACAUCUACUUUGUGCAUGACACAAGUAAUUUUUCCAACAAUUGUUUACAGACAGAUUAUUUCACUUAUAAUUUACUGUAUCACAAUUCCAGUGGGUCAGAAGUUUACAUACACUAAGUUGACUGUGCCUUUAAGCAGCUUGAAAAAUUCCAGAAAUUGAUGUCAUGGCUUUAGAAGCUUCUGAUAGACUAAUUGACAUCAUUUGAGUCAAUUGGAGGUGUACCUGUGGAUGUAUUUCAAGGCCUACCUUCAAACUCAGUGCCUCUUUGCUUGACAUCAUGGGAAAAUCAAAAGAAAUCAGCCAAGAGCUCUGAAAAAAGAUUGUAGACCUCCACAAGUCUGGUUGAUCCUUGGGAGCAAUUUCCAAAUGCCUGAAGGUACCACGUUCAUCUGUACAAACAAUAGUACUUAAGUAUAAACACCAUGGGACCACGCAGCCGUCAUACCGCUCAGGAAGAAUCUCCUAGAGAUUAACAUACUUUGGUGCGAAAAGUGCAAAUCAAUCCCAGAACAACAGCAAAGGACCUUGUGAAGAUGCUGGAGGAAACAGGUACAAAUGUAUCUAUAUCCACAGUCAAACGAGUCCUAUAUCGACAUAACCUGAAAGGCCGCUCAGCAAGGAAGAAGCCACUGCUCCAAAACCGCCAUAAAAAAGCCAGACUACGGUUUGCAACUGCACAUGGGGACAAAGAUCGUACUUUUUGGAGAAAUGUCCUCUGGUCUGAUGAAACAAAAAUAGAACUGUUUGGCCAUAAUGACCAUCGUUAUGUUUGGCGGAAAAAGGGGUGCUUGCAAGUCGAAGAACACCAUCCCAACCGUGAAGCAUGGGGGUGGCAGCAUCAUACUGUGGGGGUGCUUUGCUGCAGGAGGGACUGGUGCACUUCACAAAAUAGAUGGCAUCAUGAGGAAGGAAAAUUAUGUGGCUAUAUUGAAGCAACAUCUCAAGACAUCAGUCAGGAAGUUAAAGCUUGGUCACAAAUGGGUCUUCCAAAUGGACAAUGACCCCAAGCAUACUUCCAAAGUUGUGGCAAAAUGGCUUAAGGACAACAAAGUCAAGGUAUUGGAGUGGCCAUCACAAAGCCCUGACCUCAAUCCUAUAGAAAACUUUGUGGGCAGAACUGAAAAAGCACGUGCGAGCAAGGAGGCCUACAAACCUGACUCAGUUACACCAGCUCUGUCAGGAGGAAUGGGCCAAAAUUCACCCAACUUAUUGUGGGAAGCUUGUGGAAGGCUGAGCGAGAAAUGCCCUACAAGUCCCCGACUCUCCAGCUAACAGCCGGGUUACUGAGGGGCUGGGAGGUUACCGUCGUGGUACCGUCGCUGCCUAUUGCUCCAGCAAUGUGUUAAACGCUCGGUCAUGGCGUUCGGCCAAGGUCUGGAACCCUGUAUGGUAGCAGGGUGGAAGUAUUUUUGUGGUAGCAGGGUGGAGAUAACCACUUGUGCGUCAAGGGAUAACCACUGGUGCGUCUGUGUAAUCUGAGGGAAAUAUGUGUCUCUAAUAUGGUCAUACAUUUGGCAGGAGGUUAGGAAGUGCAGCUCAGUUUCCACCUCAUUUUGUGGGCAGUGUGCACAUAGCCUGUCUUCUCUUGAGAGCCAGGUCUGCCUACGUCGGCCUCUCUCAAUAGCAAGGCUCCUCUCUUUUUCUCCCCUCUCCCCCCUCUAGGACUCCUCCGGCAGCGUAUUGGACCGUUGGACGGUGGUCUGUCAUAAGGAAGAGAUUGUGACCCUACAACAGUUCCUGAGGUUCGGAGAGACGCGGACAAUCGUAGAGCUCAUGUUCUUUCAGGACUUAUUGGUCAACGGGCAGAGCGGGCAUUUUGAGAUGGGCAGUCCUGGGUCCAACCACCAUUUUGAGAAGGGCAGUCCUGAGAGUUUCCACCAUUUUGAGAAGGGCAGUCCUGCUAGCAUCCACCAUUUUGAGAAGGGCAGUCCGGCGACCGGCCACCAUUUUGAGAAGGGCAGUCCGUCGACCGGGCACCAUUUUGAGAAGGGCGGUCCGGCGAGUGUCCACCAUUUUGUGAAAAGCAGUCCUGCGAGUGUCCGUCAUUUUGAGAAGGGCAGUCCUGCUGGUCUCCACCAUUUUGAUAACUUCCCCGCCAGUCUCUCUAUGCUCCUCCCAUUCCAGUUCCAUAGCCCCUCCCCCUUGCUGGGUUUGGCCCCUCCCACCAGGCUGGGUGGACUACGGAGGCCCGGGAGGGUCAAACAGAGCGAAGGACCACAGCACCAGUCAGAAAGCAGUGUGUCUGAGUCUGGGUCUCUGUCUGUGUCUCCAUGUGGUAACUUGUUGAGUCCGGUACUGGCUGCCGUUAAUGGUCUUGGAGGAGGAAACGGUACUGGGACCAAGACGAUGGAACCUAAACCUGAAUACGAUGAGUCACCGAUGAGGUCGUCGUCACGGCAGCCACACCGCGACGACGACCAGCAACAGCCGGCCGGUAACCAUGACGAUCAACGCCGCCACCGCCGUCGACCCAGUUACCUAGUAACCAACCCUGAGCUACAGAAGAAGAACUUUGGGCUGUCCAAAAACGACAACAACAACAACACAUCCUCCCUCUCUUCCUCCUUCUCUCUCUCUUCCUACUCCUCUCUCUCUUCCUCCUCUCCAUCCUCCUCCUCUCUUUCUAAGCUGGCCCAGAGCUUGUUCUGUGUGGUGUCCCGCCCUUCCUCCUCCUCCUCCUCCUCCUCCUCCCGCCGUAACGACAGGCUCUUCCCUGAUGUGUCCUCUCCCCCCUGCUCCUCCUCCUCCCUCCCUAAGGGCCGGCUCUUCCCUGAGGCCUCACCCUCCCUCCGUAAGGGCAGGGUGUGCUGUGGCGCCUGUGGUAAGAGCUUCUACGACAGAGGAACGUUAAAGAUCCACUACAACGCGGUCCACCUGAAGAUAAAGCACGGGUGCACUGUGGAUGGGUGUGGUAUGGUGUUUAGCUCACUGAGGAGCCGCAACAGACACAGCGCUAACCCCAACCCCAGACUACACAUGGCUACGCUCAGACAAGCACCAACACCACACAGGUACAGGGACAGGGAGACAGGACAGGGAGACGGGACAGGGAGACAGGACGGGGAGACGGGACAGGGAGACAGGACAGGGAGACAGGACGGGGAGACAGGACGGGGAGACAGGACAGGGAGACAGGACGGGGAGACAGGACAGGGAGACGGGACAGGGAGACAGGACGGGGAGGCUGCAAACACACACACACACACCUAUAGUCAACACACACACAUCUAUAGUCAACACCCACACACCUAUAGUCAACACACACACACCUAUGACAAACCCCAUAAACAACAGGGGCCCCACAACAUAGCCACAGCCGUACCCCUAAACCACCCACGACAGCAACAGCAAUACACCCCCCUGCACUCACUCCUGACUCACCCUGCAAACCCCACCCUUGCCCCCCACUCCAACCCAGAGCCAGACAGACCCUCUAGCCCAGACCCUCACAGGGGGCCCAUCUUCCCCGGGACAGGGCAUCCCUCAGUGGGCAUCACUGCUGCUCUGUCCCCCUUACAGACCCAGCUAUCGGUUUCUUCUCUGGGUGAAGUGCAACCACUGUCUCAGUUCUACCAUGCUACGCUACAGAUCCCCCCUCCUCCCUCCUCCUCCUCCUCUCUCCUUGCUCCCUUCUUCUCCCCUUCUCCCUCCUCCUCGUCUCUGUUGGACCAAUUGGCUUCUUCCUGCGGGUCAAAGGGAGGGGCCAAGGAUCUCGGGUCAUCCAAUCAGGGAGGUUGGUGUGCCUCCGCUGACCCCACCCCCAAGAAGAAACCCCGGAAGUCUAGCAUGCCUCUAAAGAUGGAGAAGAAAGUAACUGUUGCAACGGAGGAGUGCAGAGGAGAGGGGGAGGAAGAGGAGGGAGGAGGAGGUCAUAGGGCAGAGGCUGUUGAACAGGUCGCUAGGCAACGAGGGACUCCAACUUCACAAACUGUUCGGGAACAGAGACGCAAUGAGGGAGGAAGACCAAGAGGAAGAACAGAUGGAGGAGGAAUACGACAGACAGAACAUGAGAGACGAGAGGGAAAGGAUGGA